AUGGACAUGUCGCUACCACCUUCCUCAUCAUAUAACGGAAAUAGCCGUGCUGGUGGUGUUCGUUUCACUUAUGGUAAAACUAGAACAAUACUUAGCCAAGAUUUUGAUUCUUUCCUUACGGAUUCUUAUUCAGCAUCGAAAUAUGAUGACGAUAGUGAGAUGGAAAUAGAGUUGGAAUCGAAAAGGAAAAGCUUCAAAAGCAUUCAUGAACUUCGAGAACAGGGUGAAAACAAACGAUUCACCGACGAAAUAGAAUAUAUUCUCGAUGGCAUUCAAGAAUCACAACCAGUGAAUGUGCGUAGAGCUAGUGUACUCGUGCUCGCUCAAAAACUGCUAAAGACUGAAUUUAUGACAAAAGUUCGAUCUCAUCAUUAUAUCCCGAAACUAUAUGAUACCCUAGUAUCACAGGAUGAUUUCCUUAUCAGAUGCUGCUUUGCAUUUGUGGUUUGUCUAAUGAUCGAAGACCGACGUAAUGCCGAAUUUUUUGCUAGCAAGGAAGAAUUCACAAGAUUAGUCGCUGAAUUUUUGACAUACCAGUCAGAUCCGUUAUGUGAUGACAUUUCAAAAUCAUCAUGGAAAAAGUCUGAAAAGUCCAUGAUCGGUGAAUUAAAAGAAAUCAUUUGUCGAUCUGAUAUCUUUCCAGACAAGAAGGAGAUUUCACUGAAAUCCAUCGCGUUACGGUCUUUGUCGUCUCUAAUAUUAUAUAAGACGAGAUACGAAGAUGUUAUAAAAAAGAGAAUAAGAGCAUGUGAUGGUAUAUCGAUAGUGGCACGUAUUCUCAAAGACGAACUUGCGCCAGUCAAAAAAUUGUUACUCGCCUUUGAAAAGGGGAAAACAUCAAAAAUCAAACAGAAAUCGUCGUUAUCACCAUUGAAUUUUGAACGUGUCGAGCAAUGUCUUGGAAUAUUGGAAAAUGUCACAGCCUUUUGUCCCGAGAAUCAACUCAUAAUCGUGAAUCACGAAAAAGACAUUCUUCCAAUGUUACUAGAGUUUUUGCUGUAUUGUCACCUUGAAUCAUGUAACUUAAAUGCUGAAAAUCUGUCGAUAGCUUUGGAAUGUCUUCUUGGCUGCCUUCGUGUUCUAAUAAAUUUAACCCAUGAUAAUCAACAAUGUUGCCGGGACGUGAGUAAAUCACCUGGAAUGGCGAUUCUUAUGCGUUUGACGACUGUAGGACAACUUCCGUAUAAACAAUCAAUAGGUGGAAACGACAAAAUUAAUAUGGGAAAGGAAGAAGGAUCAGAAGAAAGUGUUGAGGCUACGAAAUUUGAUGUGCUUUUGCUGAGUAUCGGGUUGCUUAUUAACUUGGUGGAAAUAGAUGCCGGCAGUCAAGACGAGUUUCGGAAAAUUGAACAAAAUCCAAAUUGCCCUGGUACACGUAAUUGUUUAAGACUUUGCACUUGUCCUUCUCGUAAGUCGGCAGUAUCGUGUCUAGUUUCGUUGUACAACCAUCAGAUUGAGAAGGGAGACGAUAAGACCGAUAGCAACAUCGUUGCUGCAUAUAUGGCCAUAUUGAUUGGUUUGCUUAUCAAAGACAAUAAAGAAAAUCAAGAAUUACGCCUCCCUGGAAACUCAGUCCAAUCGCUCAUUAAUCUUUUACAAGAUUUUGUAAAAUUCCACGAAUUAGUAGGAGGCGAAGCAUCCACGAUUGGAAAUAGUGGACAAAAUUCCAUGAACUUGGAUACAUUUUUGGAUGAUGAUGAUAAACAUGAUCUACUUGGAGGUAAUAAUGAUGGAAUCUCUGGUGUGGUGUUACAACGAUCUUCACAAAAUCAGCAAUCGAAUGGACGCAAUAUCGGAGACUCGUUUCUUGAGAUUGUAGAUAGCUUGAAAGCUUUCGAGCAGAAACGGUUGAGUGGUAUACCAAUUAAUUAA